AUGGCCAACCUUGCAUCCUCUUUGGCGGCUCGUUUCAGCCUCGGUGGCCGAGUGAUCCUAAUCACUGGUGGUGGUCGGGGUAUUGGCAUGGCACUAUCGAAAACCUGUGUGGAUGCUGGUGCCACUGUAGUGGUCACCGACGUUCUACCCCAGCCUGACCCCGUCUUUCUUGACUGGCAGAAGAGUACUCCAAAUCAGCUUCACUACUACUGUUGUGACCUGACCGGUAAGGAGGAGGUCGAACGCACUUUUACCAGCAUCCUAGAGAAAUUCCACUACAUCCACGGAGUAGUCACGGCAGCCGGAAUCUGUAUUGACAAGCCAUUCUUGAAGCAUGAGUGGGAAGAUAUUCAAAAUCUUCAAGCUGUGAAUGAGACGGGAACAUUCUUCGCGGUACAGAAUGUCGUGAAUAAUAUGAAGCAGUAUGGUAUUAAAGGAAGUAUCGUGAUGAUUUGCUCACAAUCAGCGCAACAUGUCUGCCCUGGUCAUCUGCUGACUGCCUAUGCGGGAAGCAAGGGCUUUGUGUUCUCAAUGGCAAGAAGUCUGGCUCACGAGCUGGCUCCUGAUGGAAUCCGUGUUAAUACUGUCUCUCCGGGAUACAUUGCCACAGACAUGAAUCUCUCACUUGCAUCUCUUCGACCGGAGUUGCUCAAAAUUUUCAAUGAAGCACCACCUCUUGGGCGCGUCGGAACACCACAGGACGUGGAACUGGCUGCAUUGUAUUUGUUGAGUGAUGGUUCUUCUUAUGUCACUGGACAAGAUCUUGCUAUCGAUGGUGGCAUGCAAGUCUCCUCUGGAAACUAUAAGCUAUAG